CAUCAAAUAGGUGUAAUAGGUCCUUUGUCUCUCGGAAGUCGGCACGUUAAGCUGUUCGGGAAUAUUCUCCUUUAAAGAUGUUUACUUCACUAAUAACUCGACAGAAUGAUUAAAGACGCAGACAUUAAAGAUGAUCUCACGUUCCGCCAUUUUGUUGUAAACUACCGAACAGACACCUUCGACAAACACAAGAAUUUUUUAGCAUGAGCUUUAAAAUUGGACUUCGUGAAAAAUCUGGCUGAUGCUACUCGCUACCGUCUUGGGAAAGGAAAUACUUAAAGAUUUCCUACAGAUAUCUACAUGAACAAGAUUUAACUGAACUCUACCAAAUUCUUUUUGGUUUCGAGAUGGGUUUUUAUACUUGGCUUUUGCUGUUUCUUCAGUUUUGGGGCAGAGGAGCGCAAUCAGAUAUAAUCAGCUCCAUCACGCAUCAAUGGACUUUCAACAAUCCCUUUCCUUAUAAGGACUCCGUGUCUAGACAAGACGUUUUAAUGCUCUUCGGCACCACAUCAAACAACACAGACUACCUCAGCUUAGUUGGCUUUUCCUGCUUGAUAUUAGGAUCAUUCACAGAUCUUUGCCUUACAAACAUGUCGACUUGUGAUUCGGGGUUCUCUUUGGCAUUCUGGCUACUGAUAAAGCAUACCGCAACUGACCCUCAAAUAUUUCUUGGCACGUCUGGAAAUAAUUUCACAGACUUGAAAGGUGUUUUUGUCUACCAAAAUGAAACGAACGGAACAGAAAGGAAAGUCAUAGUGGAAGUCAAGCUUAACGGGCAUAGCUGGAAGGAGCCACUCAAAAUUCAGCAUGAGAUUUGGAAUUUUAUCGUUAUAACUUGGAAUGCAGCAGAAGGUCGCGAAAGCCGAUUAGCUACCUACAUCAAUGGAGAGUUAGUUAAUUCAUCUGUGGUUGAAAAAAAGAGUGAUGUUUGGAAACACAUUAAGCUGAAGGGACACUUCCCAAAGCAAGUUGUACGUGCGGAACUGUACUUGGAGAGCGGAGGAUUAUACGAUGAAGUUAUAACAUGGAAUAGAUCUCUGCAUGGCUAUGAAGUGAGGAGAGCAUUCCAGUCCCAAAUGAAUGAACUUUCAAAAAUACACUGUGCAGCCACAGCUACCACCCUAAACGUGACCUGGAAGGUUAUAAACAGGAAGCUAUUUCAGAUAAAAAAAACAACAAACAGAAUUACAGUCUGGAGAAAUAAAACCCAUGCACAGGUUUUAAACAAAGUCCUUGACUAUUCAACUGAUCAAUAUUUUGUUGAAAAUCUUGCACCAUACACCCCGUAUAAAAUCCGUCUACGGAGAGAAGAUAGUAAAGAUAGAAGGUGUCUUGGGGCUCUGCUUUGUCGUACAAAGCAAGGAGUACCUUCAGUGAUUCAAAAUCUGACGAUAGCUUCUUAUAACUCGACCUCACUUCUGGUGCAAUGGUCUCCACCUCUUAAAAUUAAUGGAAUAAUCCGGGGUUACAAUAUUGAGUUGAAGUUAUCUAACAAAGGAAGUAGGAAACGCCUUAUAGCAGUUGAAGACGCUGAAAGCUACCUUAUAACCGGUCUCAUGACUAACACCGAGUACGCCAUAGCAGUGCAAGGCUUUACAUCUGCAGGGAAUGGUCCGUUGUCCCAAACCAAGAAGGCCAGAACAAAAAAAGUACCACUUGUUACAGAAAAGCCGAAAAACGUCACCGCCAUUGCUCUGAGCUCGGACGUCAUCAAAGUUACAUGGAUACCUCUUGACCAAAGAGAGGAAGUACAAUCAUAUGAAGUAGAAUACUGUUCUAUUGUUAAUUGCACCAGAAAGAGAGUGGGUAAAACCGCUGAUGUACUGCUGAAAAGUCUUCCUCAAUACACAGCGUUUAAAGUUCAGGUUCGAGGUCGAAACACACAGUAUGCAGGUCCGUGGGAGAUGGCGAGAAGGAUGACUACAUUAGAUUUUGAUGAAUGCACCCAACAACCAUGCCACGGGGAAGCUACAUGUAAAAAUAUGCCUGGGUUGUAUGAGUGUAGAUGCAAGAAAGGAUUUACUGGGGAUGGAUUUAACUGGUGCGAAGUCGAUCCCGCUUAUAGUUCUGACGAUGACUUCUGCCAGGAAGAGCUGUUCAGAAAUAUAACUUGGUUGCAAACACCCAGGGGGAAAACAAUUCAGCGAGGUUGUCCCUAUGGAUUCUCAGGAUGGGCCAAUCGUUCCUGUUCAUCUAAAAUCAAAGCGUCCUGGCAUAAACCAGAUUUAACAAAUUGUGUUUCCGAAGAGUUCAGAGAACUCCAACUUCAAAUAACCUCUAAGAAUGAAAUUGGUUCCGACACUGCAGCAGAUCUGGCUCACCAACUUUCAGAGCUUACGAACCCAACGCGAGAGAGACUAAUAGUUAGUGGUGACUUGAGUGCCGCUGUUGGAAUGCUAGAACUUCUAGAUCAAAAAACAACACAAAAUGCAUCAAUGAAUCAGGAAAAAGCUUUUCUGAAGAAUUUAGUUAACGUGGCAAGUAAUCUUCUGGAUGAAAAGACAAUGGAUGCCUGGCAAGAUUCACCUGUGAAAUCUCGUUCAGAUGAAGCUACAAAGCUCUUGAUGACUAUGGAAAGUGUAGCUUUGAAGACUGCUUCAUUUUCAAACAGCACAAAUACUUCCAGUUUUAAUACCUCUAAUAUCGUGUUAAAAUUUCGCUCAAUUAAGGAAGAGGAUUCUAUGGCUGAAAGAGUGAUCUUUUCUGCGUUGGAUGAUGGAUCUGGAAGCAAAAUAGAGAUGCCAACAUCUGAGUUACAAAGAAAUGACAACAGUACAUCUUCAGGGGCAGUUCAUCAUAUUGCUUUCGUGUAUAUAAAGAACAUUGCACAAUUGUUGACUUCCUCAAGAUUAUUUAAUCCUACUCCUGGUGUUAUUUCACUUUCCACUAACCCUAAAUCAUCAAGCAACUUUACGGAUCCUGUGGUGAUAUUUUUUCACAAUAAUCAGAAAGACGUAAACCCCCAACCAUCGUGCGUCUUUUGGAAAAUUUCAAAGCUUAGACACUCAUGGUCCAAAGAAGGUUGUCAUGUGAAUUUCAAAAACUCGACCGUAACUGUUUGCCACUGUUAUCAUUUGACAAGCUUCAGCGUCCUUAUGCACUAUACGUCGCAUUCACUUGCGGAGGGGACCAACCAAAUUGCCUUGGGACUUGUUACGUACAUUGGCAUAAGCAUAUCCCUGGUUUCAUUAUUACUGGCUUUUGUAACGUUUUGCUCCUUUGGGUUUUUGAAAUCGAAUCGUAAUUUUGCUCACAUCAACCUGGUGCUAUCGCUUUUUUUGGCUGAACUGCUGUUUGUUGUUGGUACGGAAAAGACACAGUACAAGACUGGCUGCUUUAUCAUUGCCAUAUUGCUUCAUUAUCUAUUUCUUGUUUCAUUUUGCUGGAUGGCAACAGAAGGAGUGAUUCUUUAUGUCAUGCUUGUUAAAGUUUUCCCAACAUCAGGUCAGAGUCCAAGGAAAAGACUAUUCUUCAUAUGCUCAUGGGGAAUACCUCUCAUACCUGUGGUCACAUCGUUCCUUAUAGAUAUGGAGGGUUACGUAUCAGAGAGACACUGUUGGUUGUCUGUUGAAGAAGGUUUCAUAUGGAGUUUUGUCGGCCCUGUUCUGCUCAUAUGCGUGGUGAAUCUGGUGUUUUUAGGAAUGACUCUAAAGGUUAUGGCAACGCGAUCCCUAAAUCAGCCUUCCCGAAACCCGCCGCAAAUGAGGUACUGGGUAAAAGUAUGCGCAGUACUGACGUGUCUUUUAGGCACAACCUGGUUACUGGGAAUGUUUUCUCUGGACAAAGCUACAGUUCUCUUUGCGUAUCUGUUCAAUAUUUUCAACACUUUGCAGGGACUUUUCAUCUUUGUUUUUCAUUGCUUAGCUGAUGAAAGGAUUCGCUCUGAGUACAAACGGAUACUCUGCUGUCGUGGAAAUCGAAGAGAUCACCUCCGCGAUAAUGUAAUUGCAAAAUCACAACUGAAAUAUUCGUCUUCUCAGACAACAAGACUUCAAAGGAAAGCCAUAAUACCGGAAGAAAAAAGGUUAAAUGUGGUGACACACACUUCUUCUGGGAUUGAGCAAAGACCAGUCGACCAGGGCUUUUAUGGUGAUAUGGAUGUUACAGCCGCUACAAGGACAAUUGAACACGAAAAAGCGAUGGAAUAUCAACAUAACCACUUAGCCGGAAGCGACGAAGAGCAUGACCAAGAAGAUAAUGAGGACGAAAAUUCAGAUGACGUUUUCUUUGAGGAUAUAUCUUCGAGUUUAAUCAACAUCCGUAAGAGCAGCACAACAGAACCCGUCAGAACAAGGGAAAAACGAAGAUCUGUUACUUCUGAUCCCUGUCAAGACAAGCCAUCUCAAUUUUCAGACCAGGAAAGUGACACAUUCGCUUAUAACAAUGAAAAAGAAGAACUUCUAUAUAUUAAAACAAUGGGACUCAUGGCAAACCAACCGCAAACUACGUCUGAAGGGGAACGAGAUCAUUUUGGGGACUUUUCAUUGGAUUUUCAGACGGUGGAGUCCAGUUAUCAAAUGAGAAAAAUAACUUCAACCCGCCGAGUUUAUCGAUAUUGUAAAAAUUCUUCUUUUUCAACGUCGUCUCGUCGUCCACAAAUAGAAAUGAGUGACAGUAGCGUUUUGAGAGAUGACUUAAGGGCGAACAUGUCAAUGAUUGAGAAUAACGAUACCGACUCUGUUUUUGACGGUAAUUUUUUGAAAAAAGAGGUAACAUGUCACGAUGAAAGAUUAUUUUCGAACUGACCUCAGAUCUCAAUAAGCAUUGCUUCUACAGUCAGUUUUAACUUCUUACAAAGCUGACAUGGUUGAUCCACAAAUGUAUAUUGUGGUUAUUUUACCUGAGUUAAGAAAAGAUGUUAUGUGAACACAGAGAU